UUCCCGCCAAAGAAAACUCCCGACCACGACAUUUUCCCGGUAAAUCCGCCAUCUUUAGCGCUUAUAUUCUUCCCUUUUUUACUGCCUUGCGCUUUCAAGACAAAAGUGAUCACAUUUCACAUUUCCAACUUUCCCCCCCUCUUGCCUCUCAUUUUAUCAUUAAUCGGGGAAAAUGGCACCGCCGAGACGGCAGAGCAAUGGCAGAUCUCCGCUCGUUAAUCAACAGAGCCAAAUCACUUCCUUCUUCACUAAAAGGAACUCUACUUCCCUCUCUCAUUCUCCUUCUCCCCCUCCUCUUGCCAAGCAGACCUCUAAACUCAACCCUAACCCUAAACCUAACCGCAGUCCAAGCAAAAGUCCCUGCCCUACUACUCCGUCUCCUCUCGAAUCCAGGCUUAAAAAGCCUCUCCUAGUCAUUGGGCAAUCACCUGUUCAAAGUCAUUCGUUGCUGAACAACAAAACGUUUGGCAAUGAAGUAGUCGAGAAGAGGCUAAGGGUUUACUGGCCGUUGGAUAAGGCAUGGUACGACGCCGUAGUGAAGUCUUUUGAUAAGAACAGGGGAAAACAUUUGAUUCUGUACGAUGAUUAUGAGGAGGAGGAGUUGGAUUUGGGGAAGGAGAAGAUUGAAUGGGUUGAAGAAACCGCGGGGAGGUUUAAGCGGUUGCGGCGUGGGGCUUCUUUGGUUUUUAAGAAAGUGGUGAUUGACGAUGAGGAUGUGGCGGAGAAUUUGAACGAAAAGAGUGACGAUAAUUAUGAUGAUCUUAGUGAUGAAGAUUGGGGGGGAAAUGCGGAGGAGGAAGUGAGCGAGGAUGCUGACGAGGAGGAAAUGGAUUUGGAGGAUGAGAAAGAGGAAGAGGAAGAAGAAGAAUUGGAGGAAGAGGUGGGAAAGAAAAUGUCGAAAAGAAAAGGCGGUGGAAAGGCUGAAUCAUAUAAACGGAAGGCGAGUGGCGUGGGGAAAUUGGAAUCUGGAAAGAAGAGUAAGAUCACUGCAAAUGCUAGUAGUAAGGAAAAGUUUAAGGCAUGGUUGGCGGAACCAGUGAAGAAAAUUGAAAUUGAGAAGGCAUCUAGUGAUUUUGACAAGGUUUUGAUAGCUGAUGGAUUAGAAAAGUUUGGGAAGCGUGAAGCUGAGAAGUUGCACUUCCUUGGACCAAAGGUGCGUAGAGAUGCAAAUAGGAAGCGUCCUGGAGAUGUAAACUACAAUCCAAAAACUUUAUACUUGCCUCCUGAUUUCUUGAAGAGCCUAUCAGGCGGCCAGAGGCAAUGGUGGGAGUUUAAGUCAAAACAUAUGGACAAAGUUUUAUUUUUCAAGAUGGGUAAAUUUUAUGAGCUUUUUGAAAUGGAUGCACAUAUAGGGGCAAAAGAACUGAAUUUGCAAUACAUGAAGGGGGAACAACCUCACUGUGGAUUUCCUGAGAGGAACUUCUCUAUGAACGUGGAGAAAUUAGCUCGGAAGGGUUAUCGAGUGCUUGUAGUAGAGCAAACAGAAACUCCUGAACAGCUGGAGCUUCGUCGGAAAGAGAAAGGUGCCAAGGAUAAGGUUGUCAAGCGUGAAAUAUGUGCUGUGGUUACUAAAGGAACCCUAACUGAAGGUGAAAUGCUGUCGGCAAAUCCUGACCCUUCUUACCUCUUGGCAGUGACCGAAAGCUGUCAAAGUUCAACAAGCCAUAGUGACAGGGUUUUUGGUGUGUGUGCCGUUGAUGUUGCAACCAGCAGGAUUAUUAUUGGACAGUUUGAGGAUGAUUCUGAGUGCAGUGCACUGUGUUGUCUAUUGGCUGAGCUAAGACCAGUAGAACUUAUAAGACCCGCUAACCUGCUCAGUCUUGAAACUGAGAGGGCAAUGCUGAGACAUACAAGAACUCCCUUAGUGAAUGAGUUGGUUCCAUCUGCAGAAUUUUGGGAUGCGGAAAAAACUGUUCAUGAAGUCAAAACCAUCUACAAAUGUGUUAAUGAUCAACCAGCCGCUAGAUCUGUUAAUGAUGUGGGCACAGAUGCUUCUAAUUCUACCAAGGAUGAUGAGUUGGGCUGCCUGCCAACUGUUCUUUGCAGUUUACUGAGUGCUGGUGCAAAUGGCAGCCUAGCGCUCUCAGCUCUUGGAGGCACUCUUUAUUACCUGAAACAGGCCUUUCUAGAUGUGACAUUACUUAGAUUUGCGAAGUUUGAAUCGCUUCGAUCCUCUGGAUUCAGUGGUAUUGCUCAAAAGCCUUAUAUGCUUCUUGAUGCUGCGGCCCUUGAGAACCUUGAGAUCUUUGAAAACAUUCUAAAUGGAGACUCUUCUGGGACACUCUAUGCACAAUUGAAUCACUGUGUAACUGCAUUUGGGAAGAGGUUGCUAAGAACAUGGCUUGCUAGACCGUUAUAUCAUACUCAUUUAAUUAAGGAGCGGCAAGAUGCUGUAGCAGGCCUAAAGGGUGAAAAUCUAUCAUAUUCCCUUGAAUUUCGAAAGGCAUUGUCCAGUCUUCCUGACAUGGAGAGGCUACUCGCACGUAUAUUUGCUAGCAGUGAGGCUAAUGGAAGAAACGCAAAUAAAGUUGUUUUAUAUGAAGAUGCAGCAAAGAAGCAACUCCAGGAAUUCAUAUCAGCGCUACGUGGUUGUGAACUAAUGGUCCAAGCAUGUUCUUCCCUUGGUGUUCUGGAAGAUGUGGAAUCUACACAGCUUCAUCAUUUGCUAACCACCGGUAAAGGUCUUCCAAAUAUCCAUUCUAUUCUUAAGCAUUUCAAAGAUGCGUUUGAUUGGGUUGAUGCAAACAAUUCUGGACGUAUAAUACCUCAUAAAGGAGUUGAUCUGGAAUAUGACUCAGCAUGUGAAAGAGUUGAGGAGAUUGAAUCUAAUUUGACAAAACACCUUGAGGAACUGCGGGAGUUACUUGGAGAUUCAUCAAUCACCUAUGUCACAGUUGGAAAAGAUGAAUAUCUAUUGGAAGUGCCAGAAAGCCUGCGUGGGAGUGUACCUCGAGAUUAUGAGUUACGUUCAUCCAAAAAGGGCUUUUUCCGUUAUUGGACUCCAUCUAUCAAGAAGUUCCUGGGAGAACUCUCGCUGGCUAAAUCUGAAAAGGAGACGGCUUUAAAGAACAUUCUCCAGAGGUUAAUUGGACAAUUCUGCGAGGAUCACAAUAAAUGGAGGCAACUAGUUUCAACAACUGCCGAACUGGAUGUACUGAUCAGUCUAGCAAUUGCAAGUGAUUUUUAUGAAGGGCCAACGUGUCGUCCUCGUAUCUUGGGCUCUCCAUGCCUUUCUGCAAAAGGUUUAGGACAUCCUAUUCUUACAAGUGAUUCUAUGGGCAAAGGUUCAUUUGUGCCCAAUGACAUCACUAUUGGGGGUUCUGGCCAUGCAAGUUUUAUCCUUCUUACCGGUCCUAAUAUGGGUGGAAAGUCGACUCUUCUUCGCCAAGUUUGCUUGGCCACGAUUUUGGCCCAGGUAAAUAUUUUCUUCCUACUUAUUGUAGAUUGUCUCAUUGUGUUCAUUGACCCUCAUGCGUGGCUUCUCCCCAGGUCGGAUGUCCCUGCAGAACAUUUUGAACUAUCUCCUGUUGACAGAAUCUUUGUUCGGAUGGGUGCCAAAGAUCAUAUUAUGUCAGGACAGAGUACAUUUUUAACUGAGCUUUCAGAAACUGCAUUAAUGCUGUCCUCAGCAACUCCACAUUCACUUGUGGCAUUAGAUGAACUUGGACGUGGAACAUCAACUUCUGAUGGACAAGCCAUUGCGGAAUCAGUUCUUGAACAUUUUGUGCACAAGGUGCAGUGUCGAGGAAUGUUUUCAACACACUACCACCGUUUAGCUGUGGACUAUCAAAACAAUUCCAAGGUCUCUCUCUUUCAUAUGGCAUGCCAAGUAGGAAAUGGAGUUGAAGGUGCUGAGGAGGUUACAUUUCUUUACAGAUUGACCUCUGGUGCCUGUCCAAAAAGUUAUGGUGUAAAUGUUGCUCGGAUAGCUGGGCUUCCCGACACAGUGCUAAGAACGGCUGCUAGUAAGUCAAGAGAAUUCGAGACUGCAUACGGGAAACACAGAAGAAAGGGAUGUGAAGACAGCUUGCCGGAUAAGAUGGUAGGUUUCAUUCGAGAAUUGAUGGGGCAAAGCACAAGUGAGGGCACUUGUAUUAGUUCCUUGAUUGAACUUCAACAAAGGGUAAGGAUGGUUGUGCAGCAACAUUGAUGGAAUGCUUUGGCUGUGGAUAUAGUGAUGUGAAUAUGAUUCUGACUAGUGUCCACCGUUUUUGUCAAGUUUGGCUGGUCUGAGAAAACAUAUUAGUUUGGUUAGCUGGGAAGGGUGAAAUGGGGUGACCGCCAUUUUUG